AUGUCCAGUCAAAGAGCAUUAGCAGCAUUCAGAGGUUCAUUCAGAGCUACCAAAAUAGCAUUUGGUGCAAGAGAUCAAAUAAGACAAGGUAUGAGAAAUCCAGAUCCAAAAAAAUCACCAGAAGAUAAUAUCAAACAUUUAGAAGGUGUUUCACAAUUUUUAAUUGCAAAUAUUGUUCAAGCUCGUAAAAAUGAAACUGGUAAAUUUAGUAAGUGGAACCUCUACCAUUAUGAUUUAUGA